AUGUGCAUCGCCCUGAUUACAACCGCACACCCAGACUACGCCCUGAUCGUCCUCAAUAACCGCGAUGAAUUCAUCCUUCGUCCCACCAGUAGGCCGCACUGGUGGUCCUCUCAACACCAGGACAUCCUAUCUGCGAGAGAUCUGCUGCGGGAAGAGCAAGGGACUUGGUUGGGCAUCACGAAGACGGGAAAUUUCGCUGUUUUGACGAAUUAUCGAGAGAACAACACGCAUGAUUCCGAACACCCGAUAGAAGGCUCGAGGAGUAGAGGAGGAAUGGUAACGGCAUGGCUCACGAGUCCGGACGAUGAAAGCACUGAGCAUUUCAUACAUCGAUUACUAGAAGGGGAGGGCGUGAAGGGUGUAGGAGGCUUCUCUCUUAUGUGCGGGAAGCUGAGGAAGAAGCAGCAAGCAGAAAAGGAGUUAGAACCCUUGGCAAUCAUGUCGAAUCGAGCCGGGACUCCAGAAGACGUUCCUUGGAUUGCGGAGAAGAAGGGGGAGGUGUAUGGGCUGAGCAAUACAUUCUAUGACGACCCUAUAACGUGGCCAAAGGUUAAAGAGGGCAAGGAAGCAGUUCUUGCGGCUGUGGAAGAGGCUGUCGAGGUAGGCCUGGGAGAAGAGGAAUUGGUGAAGAAGUUGUAUGCUUUGCUGGAUAAGGAUACACUUCCCCCACAAGAUGGCCAGGACUUUCAAGAGUACACGUACCAGCUCCGGAACUCGAUAUUUAUCCCCUCAAUUGGAGGCUCUGAGUUACCAAAGCGUAUUCCGCAAGCUGAUAGAAUCGCCGCUGCUAGCAAAGAAGCGAUGGUCAAUGGAACGAAUGGGGACCCGGAAGCAGAGUUGGAAGAAGACGAGACGCACGAAGCUGCGGCUAAUGGUGUGACCGGCGCUUAUGGAACGCAGAGGCAAACCAUUAUACUUGUAGAUUGGGAAGGUAAUGUCACUUACCGGGAGCGUUCUCUAUGGAAUGAGAAAGGCCAUCCUAUCGAAAGGGAAAAGGGGGAUGUGAAGUUUGACUUCAAGAUCGAUGGGUGGCACGGAGAACAGACAAAAUAUCUGAACGCGAUUCGAUUCCCAAUCAUUCAACACUUACCGCCCGCUGGAUUGAUAUUACGUCUAACCUCCUUCCAACGCCUUUUCGCAUGCGGCCUCGCAAAGUUCCAAGUGGAUAUGCACCUCGGUGGUUUCUAUCUCUCCAACAACAGUAUCAACGGCAAGAACAGUAGCGGCAGCAUGAUUUCACAAUCUUCGCUAGUGUCUAUUGCAGAAGACACCGAAAGUGAUAUCGAGGAAGAUGUUGAGCUUGGUGCUGCUGUCGAAGUAGAGUUGAAGGUAUUCCCAACAAGAUCGGCAAAACUAAUUGUCUCAAGACCGCCUCAUCCCUCAAUUCAGAAACAAAAGAGUCAAGCAAAGCAUUGUCUGGUGGAUGGUUGCAGCAGUUGUUGGGGUUAUCAAGCGACCCGGCAACAUGCCACUGCCGACUCUGGUUGCUCUUUCCGCAUGAGUGAAUCGCCAAACAAUCAAUUCCAAACUUUUACAACCUCAACUCCUCGCCCAACUCCGUGGCUCUCUGCUAACAUCAUGGAUCGAACCCUGGGUUAUGAUCUUGGGAUGGAGACACAACGAGGUCCCUCGCAGACAGGCCUUCAGAGUAAACUUCCUCCUCCCAUCAAGCGCUCCUCGGGACCUCCUAACGCUCGCUCUCACCAACGCGCUUUUUCAAUCUCUGUGAAUAAACUGCGACAGACGUUCCAAAAUUCGGAACUGGAGCUCAAAACUGUCUCGCCAUAUAAUGCAACAGCGCCUAUUCAAUCAAUGCCAUGCGGUUCGGGCGACUAUCCCCAAGCCCAUCGAGCGCGCCUUCCUCCCAAAAGACGUGUAGCUACAACUCCUAAAGCAAAAGCAAAACCAAUCCCAACUACCGACUCUUCACCUCUUUCACAGGGACGCACGCGCACAAAUUCAGACUUCGGAAGCCCCUUGGGACGAGAUCGUCGUCCACUUACUCCUUCCAUGACGGUGACGCCAGUCUUAAGUCUCUCUCCAAUUAUGGGCGCACGAACUCGCAGAAAUCUCAUAACAUCAGAGUCAUUGAACAUACUGGACACCACCAAUGGUGAUAUGCCGAGUAAAUCCAAUGAGACUACCAAGGAUGCAUUUCAUCCCUUGCGAACUACAUCUCUAAUGGCUGUGGUCCCGCGUCCCGAUGCUAUUCGAUUUUCUUCGGGUCCUGUCAUGCCGUGUGAGAAGAAAGAGAACAUUCCACCAAAACGACUCUUAGGUCUGAUUUCUCCAGCCCGAGUUCAGCGAACGCCCUCCCUACCCCUGCAAAAGUCACGUACACACGGUGUGCUUUCGACCCUCUCCUCUACCUUCUCAAGGUCCAACUUAACCCUGAACAGCAGAAGACCGUCCUUGGCCAGCUCAGUCUCGAGUCUAAGCCUCGCCAAAGGCCGGUCCAGCGAACGGCUCCCCACCUCCUCUCCGACUACUGCAGUUUCCGAGCUCAAUGCCCACCCCGUUCGUUCUUCAAAUCUCAUCGGGUUCUCCAAAUCCAGAGGCUCUUUUCUUAGAUCCGAUACGUUAGGGUCGGACUCUCGCACGGUUUAUGUGGCACAAUCUGGAGCAUAUUGGUGCGGCAGAUACGCGGCUAUCAAUGAUAGGAUUCGAAAUGAACUCGUGGACGCUGCGAUGACUGAUCCGGAGAAAUAUCUAAGGAUUGUGGGUCCCUUCAUCGAAGAAGGCAUCAAAGACCAACAACUCUAUGAGAAUAAGAGUACUUAUCAUGGGCUACUUGACGAUGACCAGGAUCUGAAGAAUCUUGGAAUCAGCGUUCUCACCUGUGCAGAGGUCAAGGAAGACAGAGUUGCUCUCGGAGUCUUCAAAGAGAUUCAAAGCUGGUGUGUUACGCAAGAAGCAAGGGAUAGCUUUUGGUGGUGGCAGUUACGCUAUGCCCGCGCACAGAAGAAUGAACUCUAUCUUCCAAAGAAUGCUUCUAUGAGGGAUAGCUGGGUGUGUAAGAAGACAGCGGGAAUGCUCAAGAACCAGAGGGAUGAUUUCGGUAGGAAGAGCAGCUUCGGAUCCCGAUUUUCAAAGACCAGAACCGAUAACAGAAGCAGGAGCGACCUCACGAAUCAAUGA